ACUGUCGUGGCCUGUGCCUCCACACCAAAUUAGGGCUCCUCGAGCUCGCCUAGGGUUCUUCUUGGCGCUCCGCGGCUUGGAGAGCGGCGACAUCGGUGUCAAGCGCCUCAUCCAGCGCCCGCAUUCUCAAUAGCCGGUGAGUAGCUAUCCGACGCGAAUCUGCCGCUAGAACAGCGCAUUCCAGACGAGAAAUCCAAUCCGGAAGGGGUAUGCAACGAUGCGGCUCCGCUUGAGCAGCGGCAUCGAUUCUCAGUAUGCUGGGAUCCUUCCGCAGAUUUGAAGCCGGCAAUGAUGGCAGUGGCCGCUUUGGCGUCGGGAUUCUUGGCAAGGCAGAGAUUAGCGACGACGUAGUCGAACGAGCUCCCCUUUUAGGUGCUGUUGAGAGCGGGCGAGUCAGUGUAGAAGAUCAUGCCUCCUGGACUAGGAGAUUCCAAGAAAUCGCCAUCUCCAUUGGAGCUACCAAUAGAUCAUCAGCUGAUAGAGGAGGAACUUUGAUCAGUGAUUCAAGCCAGCAGCAUGAUGGGGGAAGGAUACUUCCACUUCCUCGACAGUCGAGUGGAGGGAGCUUCACAGAGAGUCUUCGCUCGACUGACUUUCCACCACUCACGCUAUCUCCGCCCCGGACACUCGACUCAAACGAUUGUAUAUCGCUGGAGAAAGCUGGAGAACCGUGUGGAAGCUGGAUGCAGCAGGCAGAAACGGGCUAUAACUUACAAAUGGCGCUAGUGCUUCGGAUGAUGGCUGAUGUAGAGGAGAUUCCAUUCUCAACUCAAGUUCGUGUGGUUCCUCCAAAUCCCGCCGUCUUCACGAGCCAUAGAUUCUGGGUUCACGGAAGUCUGGGAUAUAGCGAUAGGAUCGACGAUGGUUUCUACUAUGUGCAUGGAAUAGAUCCAUACGUGUGGGCGAUGUGCACUGAUGUGGAUGACAAAGGGCGGAUGCCAACUCUGGACGCUCUUCGUGCAGUCGACAUUUCUCAGGUUUCGUUGGAAGCUGUUUACAUCGAUAGAAGCUGCGACUCUUCUCUGUGCGAACAUGAGAAGGCCGCUGUCGCAAUUGGCUAUGAAUGCAGCAAUGCUUCCGAGCUGCCGGAACGCCUUGGGAAGUUUGUGAGUAACGUCAUGGGUGGCAAAGCAUCAAAUGGCGAAGGAGAACUUAUCUCUCACUGGAUAACGAGGAGUAGAAAGCUUAAGGAUGCCUUGCAUAGUGCCGUCAUUCCCAUUGGCACUGUCCGGAUUGGACUUUGCUGGCACCGUGCCCUUCUCUACAAGUUUUUGGCAGAUAGCAUAGGCCUACCUUGUCGAAUUGCUCGUGGCUGUAAGUACUGCGGUCUGGACAAAGGAGCGUCUUGUCUGGUGCUUUGUGGCACAGAAAGGGAGUAUUUUGUCGACUUGAUUGGUUCUCCUGGAGAGCUACAUGAAUGGUCUUCGUUUCUCAAUUCUUACUCGAUACCAGUGACGUCACCGUUACGGCUUCCCGAUUUUAGAUCCUCGACUCUAACUGACGAUGAUCGAACUUGGAAUAUGGCUUCAGACUUCGAAGCAUCUCAGAUAUCUGAUAAUCGAGAUGGGAAAGUGGCAUGUUCAGCGGACCAGUCUCAUCUGUAUAAUAGCAGUUCCACCGGAAGUAGCAACAAAAAUAGUAAUGGCGAUUUGCAUUUCCUGGAUCGUAAUCAGCAUGGUACCUUGCCUUCGCAACACGCUGAAUCCUUUAGCCGAACUGACACUUUCAGCGAGUGGGAGAUACCCUGGGAAGAACUUGUUUUGAAAGAACGACUAGGCGGAGGGUCCUUUGGCACUGUGCACUUGGCAGAUUGGCAAGGAACGGAUGUCGCUGUUAAGAUCCUGCUAGAUCAAGAUGCAACGCAAGAAUUGCUGUCAGAGCUGACUAGGGAGAUUGUCAUCUUACGAAGGCUACGCCAUCCGAAUAUUGUUCUCUUUAUGGGUGCCGUGACGAAAUCUCCACAUCUUUCGAUUGUCACUGAGUAUCUCCCCAGGGGCGCGCUAUUUCGACUACUGCAUACUCCGAAGGCAAGGGAAAUCUUGGACGAAAAGAGGCGGCUGCGCAUGGCACUUGAUGUGGCUAGAGGUGUAAAUUAUCUUCACAGAAGCAAGCCUGCGAUUGUCCAUCGUGAUUUGAAGUCACCCAACCUUCUUGUGGACAAAUAUCUAACAGUGAAGGUGUGCGAUUUUGGUCUUUCAAGAUUCAAGUCUAAAACGUUUCUGUCAUCUCAGACUGGCGCUGGCACGCCAGAAUGGAUGGCCCCGGAAGUGCUUCGUGACGAGCCUUCCAAGGAGAAGUCCGACGUGUACAGCUUUGGUGUUGUUCUAUGGGAGCUUGUAACUCUACAAAAGCCUUGGACAGGACUCACUGCUAUGCAGGUAGUAGCGGCCGUAGCGUUUAAUGGCCGGAGGCUACAAAUCCCCAGUAAUGUGAACCCCAAGAUGCGAGCUCUGAUCGAGUCUUGCUGGGCAAACGAUCCAGAACUACGACCUUCGUUCGCCAGCAUCAUCGAUGCACUCAAGAAAUUCCAAGAGCCACUCUUCCUCGAAGAGAGGCAAGUGGAGUCGGGGGCGAUGGGCGAUGGAUGGUAUGGCGGCACGCCGCCAUGGCCGCAGCAGCAGCCGCCACCCUCGAUGUUGGGUCCCCGGAUGACCCCGGCAUCGAUCGCGCCGGUGCCCAAAUCCUGCGCCAUCGAGCGAAUCCCUCUUCCCCACGCAUUCCAGCGCCCCAGGAAGCGCAUCACGUCUCCGGCGGACCUGGAGAAGCUCCACGCUUCGCCGGCGGGGCGCGAGUUCCUAGGGUUCGUGGUGGCGCUCAGCGAGGCGAUCAUCGGCCACAAGCUCUCGGAUCCGUGCGUAGAAUCCCCCGCGACGGCGGCGCUGGUGGAGAUUUUGGGCACGAUGAGCCGCUGGGUGGACGACAUCCCGCCCGCGACCCAGGCGGUGAGGUAUGGCAAUCCGGCAUACAGGGAGUGGCACGCGCGGCUCGAGCAGGAAAGCCCGGGCUUGAUCGCAUCGCUGAUCCCUCCGGAAUUGCUAGAACAGGGGAGAGGAGGGGGCUCCAGCAGCGGGAUGGCUCCAGUGAUCCAGGAGCUCUUCCCGUAUCUGGAGGAUAGCUUCGGGAACGCGACGAGGAUCGACUAUGGCACCGGGCACGAGGCGAAUUUCGCGGCCUUCCUGCUGUGCCUGGCGAAGAUCGGAGUGUUCUCGCGCGAGGACUACCAGGCGCUCGUCUCGCGCGUGUUCGUGCGCUACCUGGAUCUCAUGAGGAAGCUCCAGACCACGUACUGGAUGGAGCCGGCGGGAUCGCACGGGGUGUGGGGGCUGGACGACUACCACUUCUUGCCGUUCAUCUUUGGCGCCGCGCAGCUCGUCAAUCACAAGCACAUGAGGCCCAAGUCGAUCCACAACCAGGACAUCCUGGACAACUUCUCGGGCGAGUUCUUGUACCUGGGCUGCGUGAGGUUUGUCAAGCAGGUGAAGAAGGGCCCCCUGGCGGAGCACUCGCCCAUGAUCGAUGAUAUCAGCGGGGUGGCGAGCUGGGCUAAGGUUCACAGUGGGAUGCUCAAGAUGUACAGGGCGGAGGUGCUGGACAAGGCCAUGGAUGAUGGAGGAGGAGGAGGAGGAUUAAAAGUAGCAGUGGGGAUCAAGAGCAGCAAGCGCAGCAUUGGAGCUCUGAGAUGGGCUUUCGACAACGCCGUGAGUGCCGGAGAUGAGAUAUAUCUUGUGCACGUCCAGCAUCCAAUCCGAUAUGUUCCAACUCCAGUGGGCAAUCUCGCUGUUGCGCAGCUAUCGCCGGAGAAAGUAGCUCAAUACGCCAAGACAGUGCAGGACAAGAUUAAUGCAUUUGUGGAGGUUUUCAAGAGCUUGUGCGACGCUCAUCAGAUCAAACCAAACUACGUCCAAGUCGAGAAUGAUUCCGUCCAAAAGGGCCUUUUGAAGUCCAUCCAUGCACUGGAAAUCCAAAAGCUUGUUCUAGGAAGCGCUGGACGCACUGGCCUCACACGGAAGCUCUCUGGCCCAGGAACCGGAGAAUACGUCGCCGCUCGAGCGCCAAGCUUUUGCUCCGUCUGUGUGAUCGCCAAGGACAAGCUCCUCCCGAUCAAAGCUCUGGACGAUUCCCGGUCGAUCUCGUCCGCCUCUUCGCGAACCUCCGACUCGGAGCGAUCGUCGAGCUCGUCCUCCCAAGGUAGCGUUUUGCCUUCGUUCUUGCGGAAGCGUAGAGCGAGAAACGUGUCUUUGGAUCUAGCAGACUUGGACUCUCAUCCGCCUGCCCGUUUGCAUGGUUUGCCAGAAGGCCUUGGACAGAUGUGGAACGUCGGCUUCCUCUCGCGCUUUCUCUCCUCCGGAUCCCCCACCACCCGGCAGCAAGCUGUUCUAGCGUCCAGUCCUCCUCCGGAGAAUGCUCCGCUCGACGAGAUAAGUGGCGCCCGGGUCUUUGCUUCUCCGUUUCGUGAUCGAACAGGCGCGUCCUCGGAAGAGAUUGAGAUUGUGGAGCUCGGUGACGGUGCUGCUAGUGGAAGGAUGGCGCUGAUCAGCCACAAGUUGGGAGGAAGCAGCAAGUCUGGGAGUAGGAGUUCUUCCAGUUCCGGUCCCAAGUCGGUGGUGAAUGGGGGAGCUUUAACAAAGCUUGGCAGGUCCGAGAGCUCGUGCAGUUCUGGUAUCGAAUCAUCUGGAACGGAAGAUUACAGGCCAUUACAUGAUAAAGUCACAGUUACCUCGAAGGCCGCUCUUGAUGUCGAAGAAAAAGAAACGAUGUCCAGGGACAUGGCGAAGCUCGAAGUUGAUAGCUCCAGCACUGCCGACCGAGAGGAUGACUCCCUUGAAGGACCUUCCAUGCCAGCUCCGCGAACACGGAGGAAAUCCCUCCAAGAACUGUCGCUGCUGUCUCAAAGGACGUUCAAGGAGUACGAGUACGCCGAACUCGAGGCAGCCACCAAGAACUUUUCUUUGGAUCUCAAACUGGGAGAAGGAGGCUACGGCCUCGUCUUCAAAGGAAAGCUCCAUGGCAGAGACGUAGCCAUCAAAGUGUUGAAGAAGGAAGGCUUCCAAAGGACGCAGGAAUUCCAGCACGAGGUGGAGCUGCUGGGGAGGAUUCAACAUCCACACAUGGUGGUUCUGCUCGGUUGCUGCUCCCACAGAGGCUGUCUCGUCUACGAGUUCAUGGCAAACGGGAGUCUGGAUGACAUGCUCUUCUGUAAGAACGGAACUCCCCCACUGCCGUGGUAUGCGAGGUUUCGAAUAGCAGCCGAGGUAGCAUCAGCGUUGUACUUCCUUCACAACCUCGGACCAGAGCCAGUAGUUCACAGGGACCUGAAGCCAGCAAACAUUCUUCUCGACCAUAACAACGUGAGCAAAGUUGGCGACGUCGGUCUCGCAAAGCUGGUUCCAGAAAGACUGGCCGCAAUCAACAGUACGUACUUCAGGGACACCACACCUGUCGGAACCUUCGCUUAUAUCGACCCGGAGUACCAGAGAACCGGGCUGUUCGGUCCAAAGUCGGAUGUCUACGCGCUUGGAAUUGUUAUCCUCCAGCUGCUAACGGGAAGGGGACCUGUUGGAGUUCAUGCCAUCGUUGAAGAAGCUAUAGAGUGUGGGAACUUUAGCAGUGUCCUGGACCCGAGUGCUGGAGAUUGGCCGGUUGGAAAAGCCGAAGAAGUUGCCUGCUUGGCUCUGCAGUGUGCUGAGAUGAGGCGGCGGCAAAGACCGAUGCUCGAGACUGUUCUUCCGAUGCUGGAUGGUGCCAGGAACUAUGCCGAGAAUUGUGCUGCGAUACAUGCCACCAACAGAGCUCUCGCCGGGGAUCCGAAAGCCGUGCCACCGUCCAUCUUCCUGUGUCCCAUUUUUCGGGUAAAGCUUGCUUUCUUUCCCGGAUCGUCUGCUGAUAUUUCCGUUUUGUAUUCUUGGCAGGAAGUAAUGCAGGAGCCUGUGGUGGCCGCUGAUGGAUACACAUACGAGUACGAAGCGAUUAGGCAGUGGUUUCAAGCUCACGAUACAUCACCUUUGACAAAUCUGAGGCUGGAGCACAAGCAACUCACGCCCCACCAUGCUUUGAAUAAGCUGAUUACUGAGUGGAAGACGAGGGCCAAGGUCUAGAGCCGUGACGUUCUUUCCUAAGGACGAUCCCGUUUUGUGAAGGUAUGUACAAAUUCAUGCGUAGUCUCCUAGUCGAGCACCGGCUACCAUCCAGCAGUCUUUAUAAGGACCAUUGACGACCUGCGAUGGUUAUAUUCAUUUGUUAAGAAAUGAGACAUCAAUCCAAAGAGCAUUACUCGUUGCAGAGAAAACGUGAA